UCAACCACAAGCUCAACCUCCACCACCAGCACAACAUCUUCCACCUCUACUUCUUCGUCUACCACAAGCACAAGUAGUACGACGACCUCGACAUCCUCAAGUUCUUCUAGUAGCAGCUCCACUUCAAGUAGCACUUCAACAAUCACAUCAAGCUCUACCACAUCAAGUAGCUCCACCACCAGCACCAGCACAAGCUCCACAAUGACCACUUCUUCCUCGACCAGCAGCACCAGCAGCUCGACAACGUCCACAUCAUCCAGUUCUUCCAGUACCAGCUCAACUUCAAGUAGCACUUCAACAUCCUCUUCCAGUACUAGCACUUCAUCGCUUACAUCAUCAACUACCAGCUCAACCACAACCACUAGCACCACUUCUUCCUCUACCACUAGCACUAGCAGCACAACCACGUCGACAUCUUCAAGCUCUUCCAGUACUAGCUCCUCUUCAAGCAGCACUACCACUUCCUCUUCAAGUUCCAGCACGUCAACCACUUCAACCUCCAGCACCAGUAGCACUUCCACGACGUUUACCACGGUGUCGUCCACAAGCGUAAGUAGCACAAGCACGUCGACAUCCACAAGCUCUUCCAGUACCAGCUCCUCCUCAAGUAGCACUUCAACAUCCUCUACUAGCUCCAGCACAUCAAGUAGUUCAACCUCGACAACCAGCACAUCCUCCACCACAACUUCAUCUUCCUCGACCACAAGCACCAGCAGCACAACCACAUCCACAUCCUCAAGCUCUUCCAGUACUAGCUCCACUUCAAGUAGCACUUCCACUUCCUCUUCAAGUUCAAGCUCGUCAACGACAGGAACUUCAACCACAAGCUCAACCUCCACUACAAGUACUUCUUCGUCCAGCACGAGCUCAAGUAGUUCGACCACGUCCACAUUGUCGAGUUCCUCCAGUACAAGUUCCACUUCAAGUAGCAGUUCCACUUCCUCUUCGAGUUCUACCACAACAACUACCUCUACCACGACCAGUAGUACCACCUCAACAACCUUUAGCUCCACAUCUACGACAAGCACAAGCAGCACGACUACGUCGACAUCCACAAGUUCUUCCACCGCAAGCUCGACCUCAACGACCAGCUCAACAUCCUCCUCCAGCUCAAGCUCGUCAUCAACAUCAACAAGCUCUUCGACUUCGUCAAGUACCAGCAGCACAACGUCCACCAGUAGCACAAGCAGCUCCACAUCCUCAAGCUCUUCCAGCACAAGCUCUUCUUCAAGCAGUACUUCAACAUCAUCCUCUAGCACUAGCACGACAAGUAGUUCAACCACGACGACCAGUACAACCUCCACAACGUCUUCUUCAACCUCUACAACAAGCACAAGUAGCACUACUUCUUCAACAUCCUCAAGCUCUUCCAGCUCCAGUAGCAGUUCGUCCUCAACAUCCACUUCAAGUUCCACGACAACGACAUCAAGUACGCUCAGCACUUCCACGUCAACAUCUACAAGCUCAAGCACUUCAUCCAGUAGCUCUACAUCCUCCACUACGAGCUCCACGAGCAGCACCAGUUCCUCCUCGAGCAGCUCCUCGAGCAGCUCUUCAAGUAGCAGCAGCAGCAGUACAAGUACUUCUUCAUCCACGAGCAGCACGACUUCAACUUCCUCCACGGCCACAAAUACCAGUACUACAACGGAAACUGCCAGUACGACAUCCUACACUCUCACCACAACUAGCGAGACCUCAAGCUCGAGCACUUCGACGAGUAGCAGCACUAGUGCGACGAACACCACAACCACGACUACCUCAACCACAACCUCCACAUUCACGAGCUCAACUUCAACUACCUCGUCUUCAAGCACUACCAGCACUUCAUCCACUAGUAGUAGCUCCAGCAGCAGCUCAUCAACAAGUACCUCUUCGACAACAUCAUCAACAAGCACAACAAGCAUCAGCAACUCUACAACAACCACAGAGACUUCGUCAACGACCUUCAGUACUACAUCCGCCACCCGAACCACUUCAACGAGCUCAAGCAAGACAAGUACCUCAAGUACUUUCACGGCAACCACAUCAACAUCCUCGAGCGUCACGACUACACCAACAACGACCACUAACACCACCAGUAGCACCACAAGCACGAGCACGACCUCAGAGUCUGCAACUGCAACGACCACAAGUCCUGCGACCGACGCCGGAAGGGAAGCCUUGCGUGUGCAGCGGGCACAAGAUGCAGUGGAACGGAUCGAGGCGGCCGAACAGGAGAGUGUCUUGAACCUUCUCAGCAGUUUUGGCAAUUCUAGCGUCCUUCAAGGCUACUUGCAGACGGAUGUGGGCUUGGUGCACAUCACAGCCUUCUCACCCCAGCAGUUCUCUGCUGAUGAGGAGAUGGUCUUGACUUCCGGUUCGGACAUCCGUGUGGAGGUGGUUGGCCAUAUUAUUCAGCAGGCUGCAGAAAUGUCACCUGGUCCCAUCAUGGUGAGCAUCACUAGAGGGACAGACGACAUUGCCUCCAAGUUCACGGACAGUACCAUGUCAGGAGGAGUGGGCUCCUCUCUGCACUCCUCUCUGGUCUCCAUCAACUUGCGCCGCAACAAUGGCUCUGCAUUGGAGAUGAAGUCCUUACGGAAGCCUAUGGUGGUGGUCAUGAAACUCACCGGGCAGGAGGGGAAUGCCACCUGUGCCUACUGGGACGAGGACGAGUACCGCUGGUCCACGGAGGGAGUCACAGCGCUGGGCACGACGAACUCUGAACUGCGCUGUGAGACCACCCAUUUGUCGAUCUUUGGUGCUGUGCUGCUUUCCACGCUGCUGCAGCAGGAGCUUGCCUCGCCAGAUUGUGAAGUUGGCAGCUGGACACCAGAGGGUAUGGUGGUGCUGUUCAAGUUUGAAAGUGCUCUGCAAGUGCUUGGAAGCCACAACAUGUCCUCUGCGGGCCAUGUGGUCUUGUUUGUCGGCGUUUGCUUGUUCUUAAUGGCCGUCGCUUGGGGGGUCUAUAGCCAACAAGCGCAAGAUGACAAAGAUGUGAAGGACACGAUCCUCAACCGUUCAACUGGCCAGGCAAUGACGUUUGAGUCGGUGGUUGGAGCAUGCAUCCUGGCCGCCUCUGGCUACAGGACUGGAUUGGAGCCGGAAAUUGUGAAGGCACUGGGCUCUAGCGUUGGGCGACGCCGGUCUUUGUCCAGAAGCUUCAGCAGCUCCAGCGCCCGCGUCACACGAAGCGACAGCUCCCAGAAACUUGGACAGAGCUCCACGGCCUGGGAGGUGCCAAGCAGGCUGCAAGACCUCCCACAACUGCAAAACUUCGUUUGUGACUUCGAGGUCUUGGCGCAGAAACGUCGAGCAGCAGAGGACUUUGUGGAUGCGCCAUGGUCCAUUCGGACACUGCAGAUGUUCCUGGCAACUCAUGAGUGGUUGGCAGUCCAUCGCUUCAGCCUCUUUACCCAGAAGCACGUCCGUAUCGCCUUUGUCUUCUUUAAGCUCCUUGUAGCAGCUGCGUUCAACGCGCUCUUCCUGUCGGGCAUGCCCGCAGUACCAGAGGAGUGCCCUGCACCGAGCGGAUUUGGGAGUGUGGUACAAUUUAUUCUUGUGGGCGUUGGCUCUGCCUUUGUGGCAGACGCUUUGAGAUACGGCUUGUUUCGACUACGGCAGCGAAGUACAUUUCUGGUCUGGGUACUUUGGCUCAUUUUGGUGUUGCUUGUGCUCUUCUUCUGCCUCAUUUUCCUCGCGGUCGAUGGAGACCAAUGGCUGGAGAGUCUUGGUGCAAGCCUACUGCAGGAGAUCCUCCUGGGGCCCAUGGUCUAUUCGAUGUAUGUAGCCACACGUGCUACGGUGACGUUGAAGAAUCCCGAUGUCUUGGAUGCAGUGGUGCGAAAGUGGAUUGACGAGGAUGAGGAAGCUUCUCCAGGCGGCGAACCGUCAGCAGUUCUGCAAGUGCUGCCCUCGACUCCUGCGGGCCGUGGUGGCCGUCGCACCAGUUUCCGGCGGGAGGAAGAGAGGGGAGAAACGGAAGAGAAGCGUGUGACCUUUCGACGGUCGCAAGCGAACGCUGGAGACGGCCCGAAGAAUUUUGAGGGCAUUUUCCCAAAGGAGGCCUGGCAGGAGCAACCAGAGUCAAGCCCUUCUUUGAAGUCCAACAGGAUCCGGAUGACUGAGCGCAGGGCUGCCUAUCAAAAGGCCUAUGAUGAAGCAUUGGAGGAUGGAAGGAGCGCCGCAGAAGCCAAAGAACUUGCGACAGCUGCCUUCCGCCGCGUGGGCCACACGCGCAGAUUGGGCCGUGCGGGUUCCAGCUCAUCCUUGGGCGAUGGGAAGUCUCCGAAGGUCACCCGUCAACGCUCCGGCGGGUCUCCACGCUCGGGCGGGUCUCGACAGUCUUCUCCACGUCAAAUGGAGGUGCCAGGCCAUGUUGAGGAGAGCUCCGACUCGGAGGCCUCCGAGGCCAUGAAAGCGAACAGGUCUGAUCUGGCGCGAAAAGGUGAAGUCUAUCGGAUUGCGUAUGAGAGAGCAAUUGAUUGGGGCAUGGAGCCAGACGAGGCCAAGGAGAUGGCGAAAGCAGCUUAUCGCAAAGCUUGAGAACAUGGCAAAGCCAUCCAGAAUCCAGCGAUGGAACAAGAUCACCUUUGCUCAAUCCUUAAAUGCUACAGCCAAUACAUUGCCCACAGGAUUUCCAAAGCAUCAGAACUGUACGGAGUCUAAAGCCUACUGUUUGACAAAUCCAAGCUGGACCUUUGUGAAAGCUUCUUGGCAUCGUAGCGGUUGCGUUACUUGCCAUUCCUUUUGCUGAAAGAAUUCGCCGGCAAAGCAUCAGCCGCUGUCAUGCUCCCAAGGGAGCCCGUUUCGCUAAGUGGUG